AUGGCAUCAUCUCUCCCUGCCAUUUUCUCGACCUUAAAUUAUCCAAAUGUCAAAAUUCCAUCGACCCCGUUUCAAGUUUCUUCUUCUUCCUUGAAAUCCCAUAAAGAUUUCCCCCAAUUGAACAUCUCGCGAAGGGAUUUUGUCAAUGGACUUUCCUUAAUGCCGUUACUCCCAUAUUUAGCAGCUCCACCGUCUGAAGCUCGCGAAGUGGAAGUGGGUUCUUAUCUCCCUCCUUCCCCGACUGACCCUUCUUUCGUUGUCUUUCAAGCCACUCCCAAGGACACUCCUGCCCUUCGCGCAGGAAAUGUACAACCUUACAAAUUCAUAAUCCCACCUAGUUGGAAACAGCUUCGUGUGGCGAACAUCCUAUCCGGCAACUAUUGCCAGCCAAAGUGUGCUGAGCCAUGGGUGGAGGUGAAAUUUGAAGAUGAAAAACAGGGAAAGAUUCAAGUCGUGGCAUCUCCAUUGAUUCGCCUAACCAACAGGCCCAAUGCAACCAUUGAAGACAUUGGCAGUCCAGAAAAGGUCAUUGCUUCUCUUGGCCCUUUCGUUACAGGAAAUACCUAUGAUCCUGACGAACUAAUUGAAACUUCCAUCGAGAAAGAUGGUGAUCAAACGUAUUACAAAUAUGUGCUUGAGACUCCAUAUGCUUUGACGGGGUCACACAACCUAGCAAAGGCUACAGCCAAGGGUAGCACGGUGGUCCUUUUCGUUGCCAGUGCGAAUGAUAAACAGUGGCCUUCAUCAAAGAAAACCCUGCAAGCUAUUCUUGAUUCCUUUCAGGUGUAA